GUAGUUACCAUUCUGUCACCUGUUGGGGUUAUGUAAACGUCAUAAUAUUGACAUUUUGGUAAUCCUACGACUAAAAAUCCUUCCAGAAAAAUGGAUUCGGGGCAAUGCAGCAACGCAAAUUCGGAAGAAAAACCAAAAUCGUUUGCCGAGAAACAAGCAGAGCGGAUGAAAAGGUUUCGUCAACUGCAUACACAAAGAAACGAAGCGAGAACGCAUAACCACCAGGAGGUUGUUGCCGAAGAUGCCAGAAACAAAUUGCCUGCCAAUUGGGAAAGUCGCAAGGAACGAGCGGAAUGGUUAUUGAACGAUCAGAAAGCGAGACAGGAGGCUAAGGAGAAAGGUGAAGACUAUGAUCGUACGAAAUUGCUAAAUAUUUCGGCAGUUGAGGCAGACCGCUUUGAACGAAAGCGUAAGAAGAAGAAUCCAGACGUGGGCUUUUCUGACUUCGAAGCAGCCACUAAACGUCAAUACGACCGUCUCAUACGAAACAUGGCACCGAAAAACAUGGAGAGAUACGAGGAGAUGAAGCAGAAAUAUGGCGACGCUUUCUAUGGAGGUCGCAACGUAAUAAUUCACGGUUUACAGGAGGAUCGCAAAGAAGCGGUUGAUAACAUGGUAAAGGAUCUAGAAGAUCAAAUCGCAAAACGUGACAAAUACUCACGAAGAAGAACGCAUAACGACGACGCCGAUAUUGACUACAUUAACGAAAGAAAUGCCAAAUUCAAUAAGAAAUUGGAACGCUUCUAUGGUGAACAUACAGCGGAGAUUAAACAAAAUUUGGAACGAGGAACUGCUGUAUAAUAAUAAACAUUUACUAUAUCAAAA